AUGGAUACAAAGCGUCGCAGAAGCAACGAGAAGACAGCUGAAAAUAAUACACAAAAACAGAGAACGAGUUAUGAGAAAGCUAGUGCAACACGUUCGCCUGCAAAUCUGCUCUACGUGAGAUUGCAAAACCAAUGGUCGUUGCUCUCCAAUUCGACGAGACUGGUUCUCAGCAUUCUAUGCAUUACCAUUGUGAUUCAAGUCACUAUAAGCUUGUUUGAUCUAGCAUUUUUUCAGUUGGGGGAUGGUACACACAGCCAACUAAAAAGUGGAGAAUACUUUGCCGUCGCAAUCAACACCUACAAACGACCAGAUCGGCUGAGAAAUGCGGUUCAGCAUUAUGCGGAUACUUGUGGGAAGAAAGCUGGGGUUGGUCAAGUUUUUAUUAUUUGGGCAGAACAGGGGGCAACUGUUCCAGCGGCAUCUUCCUUUUUCGAUUCCAAUUUGAGAGACUCAGAGCCAGCAGUAGAGAAUCGAGCUUAUGUGAAGGUGCUGCAAAAAGAGAAGGAUUCGCUCAAUAGCAGGUUUGAACCAAUUGAAGAGUUGAAACAUGAUGCUGUAUUCAUGGUAGAUGAUGAUAUACGAGUCGAUUGUCCCUCCCUUACCAAUGGUUUCCAUGCCUGGAGGAAACACCCAUUUAGCAUGGUUGGCUAUUAUCCCCGAUUGGCGUCUCCACCUAUGAACGAUGCAACCAGCGCAUCACUGAUCUAUCACACGUGGCCAAUUGUAUAUCUUCGGCAUAAGUUCAAUUUCAUCUUGACCAAAGCGAGCUUCUUGCAUGCAGAAUAUCUCGAUCUUUACUCUGGCAAAGAUUUUCCACAGGAAGUGCGGGAUCAUGUUGACAAACAUAAGAAUUGUGAAGAUAUUGCAAUGUCCAUGCUUGUUGCGAACUAUACUAAGUAUACAAAUGGAAAACCAAUAUAUCCCAUUUAUGUUGAAGGGAAUGUCGAAGAUACCGGACUGUUUGGUGGCAUUAGUACAGGAUCCGGCCACAUGGUGACGAGAUCAGAUUGCUUGACGACACUGACCGAAAUAUUCCUUCAAAAGGGCUGGGAAUCUCCACUAGCAUACGAAAUUCCAUUGAGCGAUUACUCUUGGGUUCACCACGCACCAGGGUUUAAGUGGCAGUCCAAGCCUUCCAACUUUUUUGAAUGGAUUUCCUUUGCUAAUAUGCUGACUUAG